AUGGGCUGGACAUACAACCUUCAUGGCAUAGUCGUGCAUACUCAGCCAUGUGCUGAAGAUUGCGUGCAUGACAAUCUCAACUGCUGUGCUGUGGUCCGCUUCAAACUACCUGGAGACAGAGAGCCAGCACGAAUCGAAUUGUGCUCAUUGGCCGCCUUUGCCCAAGGCCGCGAGGUGCACACGUGUCGGUAUGGCGUCACGCACGCUGAGUUCUUGCUCUACAGAUCUGGGACAUGUUCGACCCAAUCAGAAGAUCCAAAGCCUCUCACAGUGUUGCGGGCGCUCAGUGUCGUCAACCUUGGUGAUGUAGGCGAUGAGGUGGAGUACAAUCUCCUUUCGAAGAACAGCGAGCUGCUAGCACGGUGGUGCAAGCUCGGUGAAGCUUCGGGCGUGCGGCGAUUUCUUUCCACGGAAACAGCACGGUCGCUUCAAACCUCCCAUGGCCGACUUAUUCGGCUUGGACUGGUUGCAGCGGCAGCAAGCGCAGGCACCCUGGCCUUUGCCAAGGGCGCCCUCAGUUCUGGACUGGGAGCAUCGGCUUUGGCUGAUGCGGCAGUUGCAGGGUCCAGCGCUACCAGCGCAGCUCUGAAGUUGAAAGGCACUUUUCUACAGUUGGCCAGAGGUUCGCUCACACCAAGUCGAGCACAACAGGCCCUGUUUCAUGCACGUGAUGCCGCCGAAAGGAUGGGUCUCAGACAAGUUGUGUUCCCACAGCCACAGCCCAGCCUUUCUUCUGAAGAGCACUUCAAAUUCCAGCGCCACUUUCUGGUGGCUUGCAUUGAGGUGUGGCUUGCCGAGCUUCCUGCCCAUGCUCCUGAAGAGGUGAGACGCCUGGACUCCGCAAGUUAUCGGCAAAUGGCUGAAAUACUGGUGGAUGUGCUGGAAGCUGGUGAGCCAAGCAAUUCGCGGCAGUGUGCCGAGCUCGUUGAAAACUUCUUCCAGACAUGGGGCUGA